AUGGAGCGCCACGCGUCGGAAGUAUCGGCCAUCUCCGCCGCCGUGGCCCGGUUCUACAAGACCCGCACCCCGUUCCGCGUCUACCACGGCUCCACCAACAGCACGCGGCCCUCGGGCAAAACACGCGCCAACACGGUCGACACCUCGCGCCUCGACGCCGUGCUCUCCGUCGACGCAGCCACCCGCAUCGCCACGGUCGAGCCCAACGUGCCCAUGGACCAGCUCGUGCGCGCCACCGCGCCGCACGGCCUCACCCCGCCCGUGGUCAUGGAGUUCCCCGGCAUCACGGCCGGCGGCGGCUUCUCCGGAACCGAGCGGCCGGACUUGUUUCGCGGCGCGGCGUCGGCGUUUGGGACGCUCGGCGUGAUUACGCUUUUGGGGAUUCGGUUGGUUCCCGCUAGGGAGCUCGUGCGGCUCGAGUACCACCUCUCGCGGAGCUUCGAGGACGCCGUGGCGAAGCUGCGGGAGGAGACGGGCAAGGAGGACAACGAGUUCGUGGACGCCAUUACCUUUGCCGGGGACGUCACGGUGACUUGCGCCGGUCGGAUGGUGGAUGGGCCGGUGCCUGAGGGGCAGACGGUCCGCCGGUUCACGCGGCCGGGAGAUCCGUGGUUCUAUCUCCGUGCUGAGGAGGUGGCCAAGGAUCUAAGCAAGGCCAACGAGACCUCCCAUCGCCGCCGCGCGAGUGGUGACGAUGUCGGCGACGAUAGCACCCGCGCGGUCCCGGCGACAGCAACAACGGUGGUGGUGGAUUACAUCCCCCUCGCAGACUACUACUUCCGCUACGACCGAGGUGCCUUCUGGACCGGCCGAUACGCGUUCCGGUACUUUCUCACGCCCUUCAACCGCAUCACCCGCCGCCUCCUCGAUCCCCUCCUCCACACCCGCGUCAUGUACAGCGCCCUGCACAAGAGCGGCCUCGCCGACUUCUACCUCACCCAGGACGUCGCCGUGCCCUUUGACCGCUCCGUCGAGUUCCACCGCUGGGUCGCCGACACCUACGGCAUCUACCCCUCUGGCUCUGCCCCUGCGCGUGCCCCCGCCCUCCCCGCCUCGGCCGACGGCAUCGACGGCGACGGCAACGGUAACAACGGGAAUGACGACAGCGAUGACGAGCGCAGAUACCUCUCCACCUUUUGGAACCCGGCCUCGCCCGAAGUCAUCAACUUUGGCGUCUGGGGCCCUCUCUCCUUCGACCCCGCCGAGGCCGCGCGCCUGAACCGCCUGCUCGAGGCCAAGCUCGCCGAGCUCGGCGGCCGCAAGUGCCUGUACGCGCAGACGUACUACACCGAGGACGAGUUCUGGGCCAACUACGACCGCGCGGCCUACGAGGCCCUGCGGAAAAAUACCGCGCCUCGCACCUCCCCAGCGUAUACGACAAAGUCGGGGCGCGGCGCGCGACGGUGCGCGGCCCCCCUCGGCACCGUCCAUAAAAGAGAGGAUCUGGAAUCUCUGGCCCGUCCGAGGAUUGUACGGCGUCUACAAGGUGUUUCGGGGGAGAUUACAUCCUUGGCCAAGGCCCGGCGCAGGCGCAGGUGGGCGAGGCUACGGGGAAGGCUGAGGAAAAGAGAAUGA